GGAGCCAGGCUGAGUUGCGGCCUGGCUCGCCUCAUGCCGCGAGGCUGCAUCCACGCGUGCACCGCUUGCACCCGCGCGUGCAGAACCCAUGGAUAGGGUCACCACCAUCCCUCCUCAUUUGUUCCAAACCAGUGGAAAGCUAGGGUUUCGCCGACUCGCGAGUGGAGGGCGCUGCUCGUCGCGCCGUCCUCGCCGGCGGGAGGGCCGGUCGUCCGUCAGCAUCCUCUCUUCCGUUGAUCAUCCUCCCUCUCUUUCGCUAGCCGCCAUCGCUCUCUUCCACUGGUUCGCUCUCUCCGUCAAGCCGUUUGGUUUCGCCGGCUCUCUGCUACGCCCCUCUCUUUCGUCGACUCUCUCCGUUGAGCUCUCUGGCACUGCACUAUGGCGUCUAGACGCAAUGUUGGGGGGUAUGCUCCUCUUCCUACAGAGGACAGGGAUGACAGCAACCUUACUGAUGAUGUAGACCUUCGGUUCACUUACACCCCAAAAUCCCUCAGAAAAAUCCCGUGGAAAUCAAUUGCCCUGGCACUAUUCCUCCUCCUCCUAGGAUGUUCUCUUCUCUUCCUGUCAUAUUUUAUAUUCACAGGUCACAUGGAGGGGGAUAACUCUCAGGCAUAUGGUCUCUUGUUCCUGGGCAUCCUUGCCUUCCUUCCUGGUUUUUAUGAGACUCGAGUUGCUUACUAUUCCUCGAGAGGGGCACCAGGAUACACCUUUGCAUCUAUUCCAGAUUAUUAACCUUCCAUUGUCUCACCAAGGGACAGUGACGAUAGAACAUGGACAAAAACUUGAAUCUUCAAUCAGGAUGCAGGAAUCAAAUGAGCUCUUAUUUUAUUACCACUAAACUGUUAACAUCUAAAUGAAGUCAGCUGCUGACUGCUGUGUUCACCUGAUGGCAUUGCUCACCAGGUGUCACUUAUCUGUGCUUUGCAGACAAAGUAAACUCGUGGUCAUACUCGUCUGUUGCUACAUACUCCAGAUGUAGAUGGCUGUUUGUCACCAGGAGUAGAUGGCUGUUUUAAAGUUACCGCAUAUUUUUGUUCCACAAUUCCAUUGUAUUUUGUGUUGAUGUCAUUAAGGUUUUAUUUUGGCUGCAGAAAUAGUAUAACCAUACUUUCAUCUAUAUAUUCAAGUUCUUAUAGCAGCUGAUGGCAAUGUGUUUUUUGUACUGCUUUUCUCCAUCAUGAUAUUUGUACGGAUAAAUUCCUUCUGUGCUACUGAAAGUAAAUCUAUUCCGACAGCUCGGCUCCUCGGUGGAUUCUAAUGUGAUCGAUUUAUACAUUUGAAUAGAGGUCAGGGGCUACUGUUAUUGUCCUAAAUAUGGGAUACUCUAUACUUGUGUACUAAACUUGGUUGGGCCCACCAUCAAAUAAUUGUUCUAAAAAUGUUCAUGACUAUUCGUGUAUUUAUUUUUUAUAAAACGAGGAACAUCAUGAAAACAUCCAUAUGAUGGCAUAUAUACGGGGCAAAACUUUGUAACAGCAUCUUUUUCAUAGACCAUAAACUCUGAAAAGGAAUCUCUUUUUUUUCAUCUAAUUAAAAAAACCAUAAAUUCCCUCAUGGCAAUAAAGGACGAUGCAUCAUUUAAUGGGGAGAGAAAUUAACGGAAAAUCAAUAAUCGAUUCUACAAAUCCACGAUAUAAUCAUUGAUUCGAGACGAUCGAUCAGGUCAUUAAAUGCCAUGCAAAAUUUUGUGCUUAUAUAAUUGACACGCAAUGGCGUCAAGAAAACCAUCUGUUUCAACAUUAUCUUACAGACUUGCAGAGGUUUCCACAAUGGCCUCCUCCAACAAUGGCGUCAGCGCUCUCUUCCUCUUGGCUGUUCUCCUAAUUGCUGCGUCUCAACUCGCCGCCGGCAUCAACUCGGCCGUGUACGGUGCGUGCAAGACCAUCGCCGGCGGCAGCGGGCUCAUCGGCGUCACGUUCUGCAUCGACGCGCUCAGCUCCGACAACCGGAGCAGCAACGUCGGCAGCUACAAGGAGUUCGCGGUGAUCGCCGUCGACCUCCUCACGGCCAACGCGACGAGCACCAAGUCCGAGAUAGACGCCAUGCUCCGGAGCAGCGGCGGCGGCGGCGACGCCACGACGCGGUGCCUCAAGUCAUGCCAGGCGGUGUACGGCGGGAUACUGCAAGUUCAGGCCGCCGUCGGCGCCGCCGUGAAGGGCGGCAGGUUCCAGGAGGCGAUUUCAUCGCUGGAGAAAUCGGCGAGCGCGGUGAAGGAGUGCCGGGACGGGUUCGGCAAGAGCAAUGUGACGUCGCCGCUCUCUGUGGAGAACGACGACACCUUCCAGCUUGCGGAGCUCAUCGUUUUGCUCAUCCGUGACGAACCAUGAUAGAGAUGAUGUUUAUACGUAGUCGUUUUUUACUCAAAGCAUAUUUAGC